AAGGAACAGAGUAAAUAGAAAGGUUUUGUUUAAACGUUUGGACAGGAAAAGAAACAACGAAGAAACUGACUAGUCUGCAGCGAGCAGGGGAGAUUUCUAUACCUGAUCAAUGCCCUAGAAAGGUAGAGCAGCCAUAGUACAUCGCGUGAACGCUGUGUAAACAUAUUAAUACCGGUAUUAGAGAAAGCACGCGCAAUUGUCGCUUCAUCAACAGCACGUGUUGUUAAGCGGAACAACAUAUGUUGGAGAGCCUGGAAAAGUUACAGAGUUUGAUAGGCCCUCUACGCAUGCGUUAAUAUCUGUGAUGGCGACUUACAUGUAACGAAAAAGUGAAAACAUCACCAAGUGUUACGGGGGGAUUGAACGGUGUUAAGUGGUCCAUGGAGGCAUAAGAUGUUCAAGGAUUCGGUGCUAGAGGAACGAGCACGAUGAGGAUGGCAUGGACCACCUAUACCCCGUGUGUUGUGUUACUGGUCCAGGUCUUCAGCCAUGUGUCGGAGGGAACCCUAGCAAGAGGUCUGGGAAGUGAUGACGAAGUUAAACUGAUCAAGUACCUGUUUGAUGAUAAGAACUACAACCCUUUGAUCCGCCCCGUCCGGAACAUCAAUGAGUCUAUUGAGGUUCAAUUCAACCUGGCUCUUAGUCAGCUUAUCAGUGUGGACGAGAAAAAUCAAAUCAUGAAAACGAACGUCUGGCUCCAGAUGUACUGGUACGACUAUCAACUGACAUGGAAUCCCGAACAAUAUGGCGGUAUCAAGACAAUCCGAAUAAACCACUCAAAAGCAUGGCGACCGGAUAUCGUUUUGUUUAACAAUGCUGAUGGGAAGUACGAGGUAUCGUAUGAAUCUAACAUCCUGUUGUCGUACGAUAGCUUGGUUUACUGGAUCCCUCCCGCCAUCUACAAGAGUUCCUGCACCAUUGACGUUCAGUUCUUUCCUUUUGACCAGCAGAUCUGUGAGAUGAAGUUCGGAUCCUGGACGUUUACAGACAAGCAGCUGAACUUUACCUUCUACAAUAAUAUGGACAGUUUAGAUUUCACCGACUAUCUGAAGAGCGGAGCGUGGGAUAUAAUUGCCGGACCAGGACGGAUCACGACUGAAAUCGACCCGGGAUCUAAUCAGAACAAAGCCAUGGUCAUAUUCGAGUUCCACCUUCGCAGGAAGACGCUGUUUUAUACGGUCAAUCUCAUAAUUCCAUGUAUAUUAAUAUCGUUCGUGAGUGUCUGUGUCUUUCUGCUUCCGGCUGACGCAUGUGAGAAAAUAACGCUUUGUAUAUCUAUUUUGCUGGCGCUGGUUGUGUUUUUGUUGCUUAUUUCCAAAAUUUUGCCGCCAUCCCUAAAGAUCCCGCUGAUCGCUCACUAUUUACUGUUUACCUUUAUAAUGAACAUCCUCGCCAUCUGUUUGACUGUAUUUGUCAUCAACAAAAAUUUCCGAACUCCAAGGACGCACCAAAUGCCCAACUGGAUUCGAAUCGUUUUCCUGAACUACCUGCCCCGCCUUCUUUUGAUGACCCGUCCCAAUCAUAUGGAGAGAUGGCAGAAACCGAAACAAGAGAUAUCCGAUCAGCAUAGCAGUUCGAGCAUAUAUCAAAACGACGUCACCAGAUCGAACCACAUUUCCUCCAGUUCGCCAAACUUUCAAGAACUGACUGAAUCUCACCACCCAGGAUGCCGCAGACAGAAUAACAGAUGUGUCCCAGAAGGUUCUCCUUUACUAGGCUUCACACGUCAAAAUGCCAACCAUUCUCCUGGCCACGCCCCAAAGAACAAACUUUUUCAGAUGACUCCUGAUCUUAAGGAAGCAACAGACGCCUUAAAGUUUAUAACUGAACACCUGAAGGCCGAGGAUGAAUAUGACACAGUGCUGGACGACUGGAAGUUUGUGGCCAGUGUCUUGGACCGACUCCUACUGAUUGUGUUUCUGACUGUUACUAUAUUUGGAAGCAUGGGUAUACUAAUGCAAACCCCGUACAUCUUGGAAUACGUCGAUCAAGAUGAGAUCAUACAGAAACUGAUGAAGAAAUACAUGAAAUAAGGAACACGUGACUUGGUACGAAGCAAACACUGCAAACAUAUAUUAAUCAAAUUGACCAAUGACCAGUUACCCAUACAUUAUCACAUGAUUUUUAGUCUUGGUCUGCUGAAAUGAUUUUUUCUUCUGUUUUUCAGAGAUUUGCGACAUAUCAUGUAUAUUUAUCUUUUCAUCGAAGUUCUGUGCAUUUUUGUGAACACUUGAGAUUUUGAUAUGUUUAUUUCAAGCACUCGUUUGUAAUUUUCUAUGUUAUUUGUUUGCUCAAUGUUUUAUAGCAAUAAACGAUGAAUAUAGUACACAA